AUGAAGCGUCGCCAUGCAGAGACACCAAGUGGAUCGAGAGGCCGCAGCUCCAAGCGUUCUGGAGGACGAGGAGGAAGAGGUGCCAAGCUUACCAAGCCGGCCCUUUCGCGGCGUGGCCGAGGCCAGCCAGCGAAGCCUGCGAAGCCAGCGAAGCCAGCGAAGGAGCAUGCACCGCGCCGGCCCUUAGCAGAACUGUUGGACUAUCUGCGUUCCUGUUCAAAGGCACUUGAUAGUUUGGAUGAUGCAGAGCGAACCUUGCUUGGAGCACGUGCUAUUGAAGAGAUGGCGGACCGCGUAUUGGUCGUCGCUGCAGACCAAAAGGGAUCAAAGGCGCUGGAGCGUCUGCUUCAACACACGAAUGAACAGACGUUUGCUGUGUUGAUUACUGAUCUCCUGGCAUCGAUGACCGACUUGGCAUCCAAUCAAUAUGCAUCUCACGUGUUGCAGGCCGCUUUUAUUUCCUGGGCAGAGCGGCUGGGAAAUCCCACCGCUCCCCCUAUGGACCCCAUGAUCGAAAUGUGUGCGAAACUUGACCAGGAGAGCCGGUGGUUUGGACUUGUUACGAAUCCGUGCAGUGCUCAUGUGGUUCGUGCAUUACUGCUGGCUUUGGGCGGAUUCGUGGACUCCAAAGGAGGGAAAGGGCAGGAGGCGGCUCGGGCUGGGUUGCUGCCAGCUGCACGGAAAGAUGUGCCCGAAACUAUUGCGGAUUGUCGGCGCAGAGCUGCUGCAAGCCUCAUCAAACUCCUCCGACACGAUUCUCAAUCAGCUCAGUCUCGUAGCAGCACAUCCCUAGCUUUGAACGCCCACGCCAGCCCUGUUAUCCAGUUGCUCUUGCGCGUCUUGCGGGAGUGUGGUGACCACUCGCUUCUUUCAGAGGCUUGCGCUGCCAUAGUCUUACCAGCAAAGACCAGAAAGGAGACAGGCAUUAAGAACUCUCGGUCGGUUUCGGAGAUCGAGGAGCUAGUUGCUUCGGCAGCUGGCUCCAGGGUCCUAGAGGCCGUCAUCGAAGCCGCAGGGAAAGAGCUGUACGCAGACCUCUUCACGCACUUCUUCCGUUCUCGGAUCUCGGACCUUGCCAUGGGCAACCAGUCCUCUUUCGGACCAUUUCUGGUGCAAAAGCUGGCUGACGGGCUGCGCGAGGCACCGCAGCUGCAGCUGGCUUUGUCUGAGCUGGACUUUGCCGCUUGCUUGGGACAUGCAUCAGGCCCGUCGCAGCAUGUGGUUGUCUUAAAGUUUCUGGAGGCAGCAUUGCGCCUUCGAGCAGGCUUCAAGCAAGCUGCCGGUGCUGUUUUUCGGGCUUUAGGAUUGCAGGCUUCCGCGCAGUACCACCAGGCCUGGCCUUCCCUCUUGUCUCUGAACGCUGUCAGUGAGGUGGACAGCUUGUGUCAAGACGGGCAAGAGGGUGAGCAGCGAAAGCUGCGCAGGCUGCCAGCUGGAGGGCCCUUGAUUCUCACUGUCCUGCUGCGCUUUCCUGCAGAAUCGGUGCCUCCCAUCACGUCAGGCCUCAGCAAGCUGCUUAAGAGCCAGGGCGCACUGGCCGCUCUCGCGGUGGACCCACGUGCUGCACGGGUUCUGGAAGCAGCGCUGGCUCCAUCGUCUGCGCUUGGGGGAGCCCGACUGAAGCUGGCCAAGGCUUUCAAAGGCACAAUGAGCACAUUGGGACCACACCCAGUGGGUGGCUGGGUUUGUGCAGCCUUGUGGAGAGCCAGUCUGGGUGAUACCUCGCUCAGAACUGCCUUUGCCAACGAGCUUUUGAGUGUUGAGGAUCAGCUUCGGAAGAACAACUUCGCAGUUUGGAAGGUUUGUGGGCUCCAUCAGGUCAAGCAGCGAAGUGAGGAAUGGACCCAACAACAGAAGAAGGCCGGCAAGAUCCAUGCGCUCUUUGAGGACAUCUUGGAUGGAGAUGCAGAGGCGGCCAAAGCUGCUGUGAAGAAGAAGGUGCGUGCACAAGAGGAUGAGAAGAUGUCAAAGGCACAGGAAGAUCCCAUUGUACAGAUGCUUCUCGGCUGA